AAAGAUAUUAAAAAAUUACUCAAAAAAGAUGGCAUUUCAUCCCAUUAAUCAGCCAAAACAAAUUUCAAAAAAUUUAAUUAUUUUUAUUCUCAUUUGUUUGUUUUUAACAACAACAAAAGCCUUUAGAAGACAAUCAGCAGGUGUUAGAGGGGUUCUAUUUUGUGGAAACAAGCCUGCUAGUGGAAUGCUUGUUAAAUUGUUUGACGAGGAUGAUGGUCCUGACCCCGAUGACGAGUUGGACAGUGCCUACACAGACAAUCAAGGACGUUUUGAAUUGAGUGGGUCAACAAUGGAGUUGACAAACAUUGAUCCAGAAUUGCGAAUAUAUCAUGAUUGUAAUAUGCACGUUCCUCUUUGUAAACGGGAAUGGGUUAUUCGAAUUCCAGACAAAUAUAUUUCUUCUGGAACUAGUGCUAAACGAUUUAUGGAAUUGGGUGCUGUUAAUCUUGAAGUUGAAUUGGAAGACGAAAGUCGUGAUUGUAUCCAUUAA